AGCAACAACAGCAGCCACAGCAGCAGCAGCAACAGCAACAGCAACAGCAACAACAACAGCAGACAACGACAGGACAGAGAGCCGAUCAGAACCCGAACAAUGGCGCCGCUGGAGGGGCAGGCGGGGCGGCGGCGCCGGCGCCGCCGCCGUCGGCCGAUUCGGCCGACCUGGAGCGACUCAAGGCGAUGCGCGCGGCCAUCACGGCCACCGAGGGCUGGUCCAGCAGCCAGGUGAACCAGGACACCAACUGGGACAUCCCUACCAGCCCCGAGCCCUCUGACAAGGAGCCGCCCGCCACCGUCGUCGCCUGGAAGCUGCCCGGCGUCAACAACGGACUGGACGUGUGGCAGGCCAACCUGCGUAACGGAGGCGUGCCGGCGGCCAAGGCUAUGGACGCCCAGUGGAGCCACCACAUCCCGCAGUCGAACCUGGGCGGUACUUGGGGCGAGGACGACGACUCGGCCCAGGCCAACAGUAUGUGGACGGGCGCGCCGUCCGGGCCGCCGGGCCCGCCCGGUCCUCCGGGCAAUCACUGGGGUGGCGGCGGCGGCCCGGCCGGCCCCGGCGGCAUGUGGCCCGGCGGACCCGGCAAGAAGGACGACUGGGGCGGCCACAAGCCGUGGGAGGCGCGCGGACCCAACGGAGACGGCUGGGGCAACAAGCCGCCGGGACCGUGGACGGGCGGACCGCCGCAGCACGGACCGGGCACCUGGGGAGGCGACCACUCGCCGCCCAUGCCUCGCCGGCCCAUAGGGUUCGACGACUGGGGUGAGCGCUCCCGACCAGGCAACAAGCGCGGCGGAGGCGGGGGCGGCGGCGGCUGGAAGGAGCUGCCGGGCGGGCCGGGCCGCGCCGGCCUGCCGGGCGGCCCGCCGGCGCCGCACAUGCUGUCGCGUAUGCCGCCGGGCCCGCCGGACCACAAGGGCGUCGACCCGUGGGGCCGGCCGCCGCGCAACGGCUGGGGCGAGGCGCCACCGGGCCCCGUCUCCGGCUGGGGCGGCGACGACGGCCCGGCCGGCUGGGCUGCCAAGCCCAAGACGCCCACCAUGCCCGGCGGCUGGGCAGAGCCCGACAUGGACUGGGCCAAGGCGGGCCGCGCUCCUGGCAUGCACACCGGCUCCAAGGGCGCCAUGUACGACAAGUUCCGAACGCUCACCGACCAGGGCUUCAAGGUGGGUCGACUCUGCCGAGGCGGAAGGCAGCGGCCGGCUGCUGCCGCUCACAGCCGCUGGGCCCGCUGUCGGCGGUCUGGCCGGUCUGGCCUCUGCUCACCGUCUGCCUGGCCGUGCUAACGCGUGGUGACAGGGCGGUCCUGGCUCGUUUUAGGCUCAAUUUGGAACCCACAACCCGCAAAAGUUAUGACACCAUCGGCGGCGCCUUCACAUGCCGCCGUUCCGACAGGCUUCGGCGUUGCCGCUCUGCCUGCCCUGCACCCGUCGGUGGCAGGCGUUUAGCUCCCGCUGUGUUCCGCCG